UUUCGGAACUCAAUUAAAAUAAAAUGUCUUUGAAAUAUUUGUAGUAGUGGCGCUGACUUAUAAUCAACAUUUUUUAACAAUAUUAAUUUGUUACUAAUUGAUUUUGAUUAUAAUUAUGUGAUAGCUAUAAUACAACCAAUUUCUGGACUGAAAUAAUCAAGUGCUACGCCCUUGACAUUUAGAUACGUUUGAUAUUUGCGAAACACGUUUUAUUCCUGUUAUUGUUUUGAUCCGAUAUCGUUAUGAUAAAAGCUUAUUGAGAUAUCGGAUAAGCGACUUCUGCCGCGAUCAAUGCAAGCUGCAAUUGCACUAAAGACCAUCGUUCUCAAGGACGAAUUGCGAAAUAAUAAUGUCAUCGCAAUCACGAUGAUCGCGCGCAUCAAGAUCGAGAGCACUCUAGAUUACUUUGUAAAAUUGACGUAAUUGAGUAAUCAAAAUGUAGGUAAACAAUGUUUCGAUGAGAUUGCAAUUACGAUAAUCAUCUUUUGAAAUGAGGAAAAUGUAUAUGCUGCAUUUGAAAGAAAAUAUUAUGCUUUUUUGCGUCAACAACUACGUAUCAGUUUUGAAGAGAUCGUCGCUCAUUUUAAGGAAUAUCUUUCACUGUUAUCGUCGAUGAAGCACAAAAUAUAAUUUUAUCGUUUAUCUACCACGCAUACUUGCGCCACAAGCCAACUCGUCUCGCAUCUCUUCUCCUUUUCGUCGCGUCUUGCGGCAACAGGUUCCACAACAUGAAGCAUGCUGAAAUGAAGACAUCCAGACUGAGGCUGGUACGAUAAUGAUUUUAACGAUUUCUUCUAGCGUUCGUCGGACGAGCAUAGGAAGGAAUUAGACUUUUUACAAACUUCAAACUUUUUUGAGUAUACAUUUAUCGAGCAGUAAUAAAAAGCAGUGAAAUGUAAUUUAAAAGUGACGUUAAGUGCGGAAGAGAAAUUAUUAUAUUACGACGAGAGUAAAGAGGAUCGAAAGAAGAGGCGAAUUCUCACUACUUUCAUCAAGAAGAAAAAAAUGGAAACUAGCUGAUAAGAUAGAAGACGGGUGACGCACUACAUAUGAUAUGAAUUGCGGAAAAUAAGUCUCCCUUUUUUAUUUUUUAAUCAUGAGAACAUCAUCCACAAGAUAAAAUUGCUCAAACGGAGUCGUUCUAGUAUUCCUUAUUUAAGGAAUAUGAUAUUGUAUUACUCUAACUUCAUUUUAACAGCGUGCAGUAUUACAAUCUUCACGUUGUGUCUAAUUUGUUUCCAUUGGAUAAAUUAAAAAAAUUGUUAGGAAUUCCAUCGAAAUCUGCACAUAUGCAUGUAUUUGAUUUUUAUUCGUGCAUUAACGUCGACGUAUACAUAUGUAACACAUCGUACAGCUUCAGGUCGUGUCCGAAGGAACAUAUUAAGUCUCGCGGACGCGCGUAUGCACCGGCGUUGCUCAACGCUGCGGACGCGGCGCGGCGUAGCGGUAUAUGCGUCCGACGGGUAGCCGAUUUCGCGGCGCGAAAAAGCAAUGUAGGAACGUAGCCUGUGUACGGACCGUUGCGAGAGAGGGACAGACGGAGAGGAGAGGAUGGCGACCGCGUGGGAUACGGGUGAGAAGGGAGCGCGAGGAUGGCAAGCGAGUCCGUCGUGACCGAAGCGCACCGCGAGAGGUCGGUCAUGUUCGCCGUGUGACGUCAUGAGGCAAUGGCGCCGCCUCCGUGGCGAGCGAGCCGGCCGAUUGGUUGCUGGAAAUGAUGGCAGGCAUGCUUGCCAAUCGAUUGCCCGCGGUGCGUGCGAAGCGCAGUACAUCGGUCCGAUAUGAGCCCCACUCUACUUCGUCGUAGGGUUGAUGGAGAGGGGGCGCGCUUCAUCGGGAGAAGGGGUACGGCCGCCUUCGGCAGGAAGUGAGCUCCCGACCCCGCGGCGUGAAAUAGAAUUCAGACGGUUUCGUUCUCUCGUGGAGAGUGGAAGUUGUUUCAUUUCUUCUGCAUUGAACUGUAUAUUCUUCGUCGUCGUUGACGAGCGGGAACGGAGCGAUAUAAGCGAAAACAAAAGCAACGUCAUCGCUUUCAGCCGGUACGUGGUUGCGGUUCGAAAGCCCUUGCGCAGGGGGUCGACAGUUUCCUCGUUGACACGGAUAAGUGCAUACGCGGGUGAAAAACCAAAGACAGAAACAGUGUUCGUAAACUUGACCGGGCCGUUGAUUUUCGCCGUUGAUCCGUUCUCCGCUUACGCUACUUGUGCCGCAGAUACGACACGCCGUUUAGGGAGUGCCAUCGUUUUAUUUCGAAAGAGACCGCCGCUCCAUAGCACUCGCGUUUAGUUGGCGCGUCGUUGCCGCAUCGUCGUGACGCGAUUCGUCGAGCUUAGUGUGGUCCGCAGCCAGUCAGAGUGGUUGGCGAAUGGUACGGAGUGGUGAGAGACUAACAGUGAGGGGAAGAAAGUGACAGUGCAGUCAGUUCUCUCACGGACUCUGUGACUCAAGGAUCGUUCGAGGUUCGCUCCGGUGAUUUUUAUUGGAAAGGAAAUCGGGGGGGGAAAAAAAGAGAAACGGAUGAACGCACGUAUCGCAAAACGACGUGUGGAGGACUAUAGUAUACCGAUGACUAUGGUAUACCGAUAGUAUGACGAUCGCGAGUGUUGUUCCUCGCCGAGACCGUGUUCGCGUGGAGUUGGUUGCCUCAUGAACGGUAUUCGGCAUUCGUUUUCGGCGACUGGAGCCGGAGUCGUUGUUGCGCAAAACGAGGAUUGAUCACAAUACGUAGAUCGUAACAGCACGGAAUGGUCGUUCGUGCCACAUCAUCGAUCGUGUGAUCGAAUCGAUCAUCGUACGCCGGUGAUCAGGAGACGUGCCACUUAGCGUUCGUACGGAGUGUCUUAGUAGUGAUUAUUACCGGUGACUUGGAUAAUUCGCGAUCGACUUUUAUGUCGCAUUACUCCGCACGCGAAGGUGAAAAACAUUAAGGAGUUAACCGGGUGAUCGGAGCUUGUACGACGGGUCAACCCCGCGUUGACCUGAAAUUGACAUUUCAAGCGUAUUUCCCGUUUGAUUUUCUUGACACUCGAACAGUACCAGAAAAGAGCAGCAAACUGUACGGGCACAGGCAGGAAGAGAUGCACACGAUGGAGACGGACAUGAAGGGCGGCAGUCUGCAUGCUCAGAUGCCACCGCAUCCGCAUCAGGGUGUAUCGCCGAUGGGCCACCAUACGGGGAUGUCCCCUUACGGAUCUAUAGGAUCGAUAGUUCAUAGCUCCGGACUGUCGGGAAGUCCACCCGGCGCGGGUGGCCUGGGACUUGGUCUUCAACAUCACCAUCAGACCUCGCAGCAUCAUUACGCGUCCAUGCAGGUGGCCGUCGCUGCCGCGGCCGCCCAGCAGCAGCAACAACAGCAACAGAGCAUGCACGCAAUGGCGGCCCAGCAGAACGCUCAGCAGCAACAGCACCAUCCUCACCAACAGUCGCAGCAGCAGCAACAGCAAUCGCAUCAUCAGGCUAACAAUCACAGCAAUCCAAACAACCCGAACAACCCGAGCAAUUCCGCCAAUGCCAAGAAUAACAACGUGGACCGGGUGAAGAGGCCGAUGAACGCCUUCAUGGUGUGGUCGCGUGGACAACGUCGCAAGAUGGCCCAAGACAAUCCUAAAAUGCACAAUUCCGAGAUAUCAAAGCGCCUCGGUGCCGAGUGGAAACUCCUCAGCGAGACGGAGAAGCGCCCGUUUAUCGACGAGGCGAAACGGCUGCGCGCGGUGCACAUGAAGGAGCACCCCGAUUACAAGUACCGGCCGCGCCGCAAAACAAAGACGCUAAUAAAGAAGGACAAGUUCCAGCUUGGCGGAAGUGUCGCUGGUGUCGGCGGUAUGCUUAGCGUCGAUCAACGGCAGGUCGGGACGAGCGGCGGACCGCAGCAGCCGCAGUUACCGCGUGACGUGUAUCAGAUGCCCAACGGCUACAUGCCCAACGGUUACAUGAUGCACGAUCCGGCGACCGCGUAUCAGCAGCACGUAGCGUACGGCAGUCACAUGGGUGGUGCGGCGGCCGCCUCGGCCGUCGCUUAUCCCAGGUACGAUUCUAUGGGCCAUCAUAUGGGCGGCGGGAGUCCCAGUCCGAUCAACAGCUACAUGAACGGCUACGGUGGAUACGGCGGUACCACCGCCGUACCCGGCGGCUCGCCAUCCCCUUACCACCAGGCCCAACCGGGUUCCCAAUUGUCCAGCCAUAGUCCUAGUGGCAGCAGCAUAAAGUCCGAGCCGACGAGUCCGGCGAGCGGCGGCGGUAUACACACGCCGACGCCGACGGGCGGCCCGACGACGACGGGAGCGGCCGGGCCUGCCGGCCAGGCGGUCAAGCGGGAGUACAUGGGUCAGCAGCAGACGCAACAAACGCAGGGCGAUCUCCGGCAGAUGAUCUCGAUGUACCUGCCGCAGGGCGUCGAACAGGGAGUCGUGCAACACGGCAGCGUCUAUUCCCCGGGUCCGUCGCCCGACCCCUUGGCGCAGCAUCACGCGGCCAUGCAGCCGAUUGCGCACAUGAAUCUUGUAGCUUAGAGAGAAGCUUGGAUUGGACGUCAGUGCAAAUGGAAAUCCUGUAGAGUAUAACGGAAAAAGUAAGAAAACAGGAGAGAAAAAACGAGAAAGCGAAAGAGAUGGAAUGCACAAUAAAAAGAAACGAUUCUAAGGGCAAGAAAAAGAGGGGAAGAGGGAAGGAGAAAACGUAUAAAAAAAAGAAAUGUAUAAAACAAAAUAAAGCUUUACGACCAUUUUUACGGGGUACCAAGACAGACGAGUACGAUUACGUAAUUUAAUCGAUAUGUACCGAAUUAUUACUUUAAUUAUAAUAACAAAAAAAAUUAUAUUUGACUGAAUUUUUAGUUUAAGCUAUGGCAAAGAGGAUUAUAAAUGGAUUAUGUGAUAAAAAGGAUAUUGUUCAUUUGUUCCGUAAAUAGAACCAAUUCUGAUAAAUUCGUCUACGCUGUUGUCAACUUAUAUUCUACGUUACUAACAACUUGUUAGUAUAGAAAAUCUCAUCGGAAUGAUUUCUAUUUCGCGAAUUGAAAAAUGGCAAUAUAGACUUUUACGCGUAGAUGUCUUCAGUGGUUUUACUUACUUAUAUUUGUUGCUUCGUAAAAAUUGUCCUGAAGCUAUGUUUUGUCCUAUUUUUUUUUUCCUUUCGCUCCGGGUGCUCGAAAAACUGCACCUUCGCUCGCAUUCACAUCUCACGAAAGAUUCUCUCCAUCAUCAUCCAUGCUGCGCAUUAUCAUCGAACGCGUCGUCCCUAUUUGGCGUCAAUAGGGAUUCACGGAGACAUUCGACUUAUAGAAGACAACAAUGACACAUAUUUGGAAGUAUGCUUUCGCGAAAUUGACAUUACCAAAGAGGGAUCCGAUUUGAUUCGACGCUACAUAUCCAUAUCAAUUUCGUUUGGAUCCCGAUAGCAGUUUCUUGCUUAGCUAACUUAUCAUUAGCCAUAUAUUAUAGAUUAUUUAAAUCACACAUUAAUCUUUCGACUUUCAUAGUAAUUUCUCAGUCAUAAGUUUUCAAGUGGGGCGAGCGGCUGAUUCCCCCAAAAUUUCCGUAGCAUAACAUGUUUAUGAUAUUAAAAAGUAUAUUAAAAUAUAGCAAAUAAACAUAUCAAUGCGUACAUAUAAUACAAUAUCAUUUAUUUUUAUUUAUAUCAAUACAGAAUUUUUUAAACUGUAAUUAUAAUAAUGCAACAAUUAUUAUAAUUCUUGUACUAUUCGUUUAUGGGGUAAAUAGCUCGUCCCGUUUGGGAAUCGAAAGGUUAAAAAUGACAAUGAGAUAUCAUUAGUCAAGAUCACGAAAUUUAACUGUGUCAACUUCUAUCGCGACCUCACAUAUCUCAUCUAAUACUGCGUUUAUUCAUUGCUACACAUCCACUAUUCCCACAUCGAUAAUAGGAAAAUAUUUCACUAAAAAACCAAAUUAUUGUGAAUUUUUGCAAUAGAAGAAUAAAAUCAAGUUGAAUAAACGCGAUAAGUUUAGUCUGCAAAAAGUCGCGAUGAACUUAAAGCUUCUUAUUCAUUAAGUAAAUGUUCUAUCGACGAAA